AUGGCUACUUUAUCCGGUAAAACCUGCCUUGUGACCGGUGGAGCCGGCGGGCUGGGCAAAGCCAUUGCAACAAAAUUUCUUGAGGCCGGAGCCAACGUGGUCAUCUGUGAUAUCAAUGACGAACGGCUUCAACAGACCUCUGCAGAGCUUUCAGUGAAAGGCCCGUUCAAAGCAGUGAAUGCAGAUAUUACAUCUGCCGUUGCAGUGCAGGGCCUGUUUGACACAAUCAUUUCCGAGUUUGGGAAACUGGAUAUUCUGAUAAACAAUGCUGGGAUCAUGGACCGUUUUGAUCCUGUUGGGAAUUUAGAUGAGGCGGUGUGGGAUCGGGUCAUGGCUGUCAAUCUAACGGCACCUUUUCUACUGAGCAGACUGGCUGUUCGUAAUAUGCUGGAGCAGCCGAACCCAGAUGGUUAUAUCAUGAACAUUGUGUCGUUGGCGGGCAAGGCUGGUUGGACAGCUGGUGCUGCAUACACUGCGAGUAAGCAUGGCUUGGUUGGUUUAACGAAAAAUACCGCCGCGUUCUACGGGAACAAGGGUAUCCGGUGCAAUGCGCUAAUGAUUGGUGGCAUGGCAACCAAUAUCACCGAGGCAUUUAUGGCAGGUGUCAAUGAAGAGGGGAAGGCGAAAGUGAUUGGCGUUAUGGGGUCCGUAGGGUCGCCCCUAUGUGAGAUCGAUGAGGUUGCGGAAGUGUGCGUCUCGAUGAUAUCUGGCAAGGGGAGCAGGCUUAUCAAUGGUGCCUGUAUUCCCAUUGAUCAUGGGUUUUCCGGUACAGUUGGGUAG